GUAAAAUGAUUUUAUAAAAUUUUAUUAGAUUUAUUUGGACAUCUAAUUUAAUUUUAUGAGUUUUAGAAAAUAUUUACUGCCGUAGUAUUUUUCUAGAACUGUCUGGGGUGAGCGCGGUUCACCCGGUGUAUGUAUAUCUCUAUUGCUUGUGUGGGUGUAUGAUAUGCAUGGUGGAUGAUUGUGGCUAUAGUUUAUUUGAUUAUAAUACGGCCUGCGUGUCGUGCCUUAUCUCUUAAACUCUUGUUGUAAAUCUAUUUCUCUCUUACCUCAACCGAGGAUUCUUUUCUCACGUGGUGGUUAGAAGACGAAAAGAUUUGAUGACCAUUUGGAGAAAUCUAAAAGAAUGGAGAUAGCCCGAAGUUCAAAUGCCCGAAAGCCAGUGGGAGCUAUCGUUUUAUUUUUCUUUUAGGGGCCACAAUCAUUACACGUUUAUUUACUGCGUUUUGUGAAUGCAUGUUGAAUGUAUGUUGAACGCUAGUAAUGUACAUGUGCGCGGCCAUGUCGAUAGGUGAGAUCGAAAUUAUAAAUCCCUCACGAAUAUUAAGUCUGUUGCCUUCUGACGCCCGGCACCUAUCCGACUAAUGUGCACUGUCAUGUACUCAGCCUCAGCAGAGCAUAGUACGGUGUAUGUUAAGCUGGUUACGGGAACCGCCAUAGCGUGGUCGCUGUCGCACGUUGGGUUAGACUUAACUGAGUCUCGGUCAAAUGGAUGGACGACUCAGAGGCAGUAAAUUGGGGUCAUCAAUGACAAGUCGGAUGAUUUUACUCACUCAUCCAGCCAGGAGUUGGAUCUUUAUGAUUUAAAUGGAACUCUGUUCCUAACCAAAGUAGUCUGCUUGUAAGACGUGCCUCAGCCAAUUACAAGUAUGGUGAAAAGGUGUCCUGUUCCGGUUGUAGUAAUAUUGUUUGCCCAACACCAGACCAAGAGCUGAGAGUCCGGCUCAUCAGUUGGAACUAUGUUCCUACCUAAAUAGUUGUCUUGUGGAGUAACGCCUAAGCGGAACGCAAGAUAAUGAAAUAUGGAUCUUGGCCCACUAGAGUUUUCGCCGGAAAUCUCCGAAUCAAUAUCGAGGGUUAUUGAUUUGUUAAAAAUAGUGGGAGAUAAUUAAUUAAAGGCCUAAUUAAUUAUUAAACAUGAUAGAUAACCUAGUUUGCAAAAUUUUCUGUAGAUGGCAAACAACAACAACCCUUUCAACCUGCGUUACAUCCUGGAAAACAACAAGUUAUCCGGGACCAACUUUCUUGACUGGGAGAUGAANCACAUCUGUACUUCUAUGCAGAACUUGCAUGAAUGUAGACAAUUGACGGAGGGAGAGAUACAACUAAAAGUCGGCAAUGGCGCACUCGUCUAUGCAUUGGCCGUCGGAACCUAUAGUUUAUCUCUACCUAGUGGUCUUAUAUUGCAUUUGAAUAAUUGUCUGUUUGUACCUAGUAUGAGCAGAAACAUCAUUUCUGUAUCCUGCCUUGACAAAGCAGGAUUUUCGUUCGUUGUAAAAGACAAAACUCUUUCUGUCUUUAGAAAUGAUAUAUUUUAUGCAAGUGCAAAAAUGACCAACGGUCUCUAUGUCCUUGACAUGGAUACCGCAAUAUAUAACGUUGAUGUUAAGAGAAACAAACCUAACACAGCACACACACUCAACAGAAUUCCAUCUAAAGCUGUCGAGAGCACACCAUACGAACUAUGGCGUGGGAGAAAACCGAGUUUCUCGUACUUUAAGAUUUGGGGCUGUGAAGCUUAUGUAAAACGUCUCAUGACGUCUAGUAAGUUGGAGCCUAAAUCUGAUAAAGUAAUUUUUGUGGGAUACCCCAGGGAAACUAGAGGGUAUGAGUUCUAUUAUCCAUCCGAUAACAAAAUUUUCGUUGCUCGGAAUGGAACCUUCCUUGAGAAGGAGUUUCUUUCUGCUAUCACUAGUGGGAGAAAGGUAGACCUCAAAGAAAUUCGAGAACCACAAGAAGAAGUCCCGAUAGUGUUGGAACAUGAGCAAAGAGAUCAAGCAAUUGAACCUCAAAUUUGCUCAAGAUAUACCACGUAGGUCAGACCGGAUACGUAAUCCUCCGAAAUAUUUUCUAUAGAAAUAUACAAGAUUAUUAUUAUCCCAAUUUUAAUCUUUAUAUUUUAUACUACUAUAAUCUUUACUAGCAUAAAGAUUGUGGUAGACUCCGGCGUUGUUCGUGUGUCAAAGUUGGAGACCGGACGCUUGAACGGUUACGUUUGCACUUUCAACGCUCUUCCUACGACUUCUUCGUUUUUACCGCUUACGGAGAAAGGUAUAAAUUUCUUACUCACUA